AUGGCGGAUCAGGAGCGCAAUAAUGUUGCAAUACAGAUUGAAGAGAAGCUGGCCAAUGCAGAACCUCUACUUACAACUGAAUGUUGCAUCUACCGAGUUCCCCAUGAAACCCGCAAAAACAACAGUGAAACAUACACCCCAAAAGUUAUUUCAAUCGGACCUUUUCACUACGGCAAUCAGAGACUGCGAAACAUGGAAAGCCACAAACUGUUAUAUUGCAAAAGAUUCAUAGAACAACGAGCUCAUACAAGCUUGGACAGUUUGGUGAGCUGCGUGCAAGAGUCAGAACCGGAUGUUCGUCGCUGUUACUCUGAAAGCAUUGAGUUGUCCUUAACGUGCCCUUUUCCUUUGGUGACACUAACCGGUAAUGCUAUCCCAUUCGAAGAAUGUUUGGAACAUUGGAUAACAUAUGAUUUGCUUUUACUCGAGAAUCAACUUCCUUUCUUUAUUCUUUUUAAGUUAUACACUCGAGCUUUUCCCUCGUCCUUGAAUAAUAAUCGGUACCCUCCUUCACUUGAAAAUCUAAUUUUUAAUGUUUUUGAUCAAUACACUUUACAAUUUCGGGACCCUACUAGUAGCAUGAAACACUUUACAGAUCUGCUCAGAAUCUCUCAGUUACCACCUGCUCCACGACCUCCAAGGACAUUUAAUCAUUUCGUACAGAGGCAAAUUUAUAGUGCAACCCAGUUAAAAAAAACAGGAGUUAAGUUUAAGGUGAAAAAUGAAGAAGGCCACUCGUUAGACUUGAAAUUAAUUUCAGGACAUUGUAUUGAAAUUCGAAAAUUGGAUUUGUGGGAUGAUACUGAAACUUUGUUUAGGAAUAUGAUGGCUUUGGAGGAAUGCCAUUAUAUUGAAGAAUCCUACGUCACCGACUUGGUUAUAUUCCUUGAUGAUCUUAUCAACACAAGCGAGGAUGUGGAUGUCCUUGUUCAAAAUGGAAUAAUCAGAAACAUGUUAGGCAAUAACGAGGCCGUGGCUGAACUGUUCAAUGGUCUUUCCAAAAAUAUUGUGCUAAAGGGUUUUAAUUCUGAUUACUAUCGUAUUUUUGAAGAGUUGGAAAAAUAUUGUAAUCAUCCUUGGAAUGAAGCAAUGGCAACUUUGAGAAGUGAUUAUUGCAGGACUCCAUGGCAAGUGGCUGCUUCCAUUGCUGGUAUUGUAUUGCUUAUUCUUACUUUUAUUCAAACAGUAUCUUCUAUCCUCCAAGUGUUGCAGGCUUAA